AUGAACAUCACAAUGCGACUACAGCAGAGACUACUAAAACAUUGCAAUGCCUUUUGUCCUGCAAAGAAUCUACUUCAACUCUCAUAUUUAUUACAUCCAAUCAUUCAGAAACAAUCAAUCUCCACUUUAAAUCCAUCCUCAAUUACAAAACCAGACCAUAAACCUGUGUUGUUAGUGCCUGUAGUCGAUAUUCUUUCUCCUGAAUUCGAUCUUCAGUCCAGAGAAAGACAGAGUCAGCGAGUCCGUUUUCAACGACCACGAUUGAUUUGUGAUGCUACAUUUGGCAAUGGAGGAUAUACCAAGGCUCUACUGGAUAAAAUGGAUUGCAAGGUGUUUUGUGUAGAUCAGGAUCCGCUCGCUAUUGAACGAGCCAUGGAUAUGUCACUCAAGCCAGAGUAUAAAAACCGUUUAAUUCCCAUUCAUGGCAAAUUUAGCGAUAUUCAAAAUCUAAUUGCACCUUAUACAGCAUCACAUGAAGCAUGUCUGGAUGGCAUCGUGUUUGAUAUCGGUAUUUCAUCCAAUCAAUUGGACGAUGCAUCUCGGGGCUUUUCGUUUCGUAAAGAUGGACCUUUAGACUAUCCUGAGAUGGAUCUUGUUCGCAUUCUUCAACAGUACGGAGAAGAAAAAAAUGCAUACAAGAUUGUACGCAUGAUUGCAGCUAUCCGAAGUAAAACGUACAUCAAUACAACAACCCAACUUGCACAAAUUAUUGCCAAGGCUGUUGGAAAAGAAGAGCACUGGCAGCAAGGUCACAAACAUCCUGCAAUGAAAACCAUACGGAUUUAUAUCAACGAUGAGCUCAAGCAACUUCAACAGGGACUAGUCAUGGCAGAGCGUCUGCUCAAGCCCGAUGGAAGAUGCGUAGUGGUUACAUUUCAUUCUCUAGAAGAUCGGAUUGUAAAACGUUUCUUUCAGGCAUGUGCUCAAGGUGUAACACCAGAUGAACUGCCUCCGCCCAUGACUCAGCAAGAGUCACGACGAGAAUCGACACGAGUCAAGUCUCAGAUUGCUCUAGAAACUGCAGAACGAAAACGGGAACAACAGGAUCGACAAAGAGUUCGGAGUGGGUUUAACCCUGACGAGGAGUUGAGUAUGGAUCAUUAUACUCUCGUCACAAUGCACGAUCAGCUGGCGUCCUUUUCCGCUGUAAAAGAGACUGGACGUGAACCAUCCAUGAUUCCGCUGUCCAAAAAAGCAAUUGUGCCAGAUGAAAAAGAAAUGCAAGAAAACAGCCGAUCCAGGUCUGCAAAACUUAGAGCUGCAAGACGCACUAACCACCCAACCACUUACACUCAAAAUCUUUAG